GUAGGAGCCGAGUGUUUGUAGUGAAGACAAAUCUUCGAGCUGGAAUCCCUCAAAUAACCUUUGACGAUGAAGGCAGUGGAUGAGCCUGCCUACCUAACAGUGGGGACUGAUGUUAGUGCCAAGUACCGGGGUGCCUUCUGUGAGGCAAAAAUCAAGACCGUAAAAAGGCUGGUAAAAGUCAAGGUUACUCUGAAGCCAGAUAACUCUACUCAGCUUGUCCAGGAUGACCAAGUGAAAGGACCUUUAAGAGUUGGUGCAACAGUUGAAAUGAAAACAACUGAUGGAUCCCCGCAGGAAGCCAUUAUUAGUAAAUUGACGGAUGCAAGCUGGUAUACAGUAGUUUUUGAUGAUGGUGAUGAAAAGACAUUACGGAGAACAUCAUUGUGUUUAAAAGGGGAGAGGCAUUUUGCAGAAAGUGAGACUCUGGACCAACUUCCACUCACUAAUCCUGAACAUUUUGGAACUCCAGUAAUUGGUAAAAAAACCAACAGGGGAAGGAGAUCGUCUCUUCCAAUGACUGAAGAUGAAAAAGAGGAGAGCAGUGAAGAAGAAGAUGAAGAUUUAAAGCGCCUUAAUGAUGAACUAUUGGGCAAAAUAGUCAGUGUGAAAUGCAGUCCAUCUAAAGAAUGGUUUACAGCACUGGUUGUAUCUCCAAGCUGUAGUGAUGACACUGCUGUAAAAAAGGACCAGUGUUUGGUUCGCUCGUUGGUUGACUCAAAGUUUCAUUCAGUUGCAAGGAAAGAUCUUACUGAACUUGAUGUCGAUGUCUUAAAGUCGGAGCAUUGUGGAAAGCAAGGUGUACAGGACGCCAUUGCCUUUCUGACAUCCAGGAUAAUCCCUGAGAAAUGGAAAAUGGACAUGAGUGAAAUCCUUGAAUCUUCCAGCAGCGAUGAAGAAGCUGGAGAGGAGGAUGCUAGCGACAGUGAUCAGAACAAAGAAGAAGAGGAAGCAACUCAGCUUGAAGAGGAGGCAGAUCCAGCAGAGAGAGACAACUUCCUUCAGCAGCUCUACAAGUUUAUGGAAGACAGAGGUAAAGUUAUAACGCGAAUGAUUUAAAUACAUCGAGUCAAGUGUAAAUGACAGUGAGCACAACUUCACACGAGUCUUGUUUCUAUUAGUAACAUUGGUAAAACAGCUGCAUUAAAGACGCAACAUCAUCAUGGAAUGCCAUAAAAGCGUUGAUAUAUAAAGUUCAUUAAAUUUGUGGAAAAAACGUA